UUUCAAUUUAAAUCUCCUUCCUUUAAAGCUUGCAUUAAAAAAAAAAAUUCAAUGUCUGUCAUUCGACAAGAAUUAGCUCAUGCAGCAAUUGCUAGAUCACUUGCACUUAAUGUUCACAGUGAUAUACACAAACGGUAUGAAUUUCAAAAACAAACAGUUCUUGCUGACGAUUCUCUUACUAAAGAUGAAAAAACUUUUGCAAUAAAUUGGUUGACAAAAGGUUAUGAUUAUUUAAAAAUUUUAUUUAAUUCAGGAACAAAAAGAAUUUGUGAAAAUUGUAAACAAGAAUGUUUAGCUACGUUAUACUGUGAAUUUUGUGUUCGAAAUUAUUUAAAAACAAAAUUUUCAAAUUGGACAUCUGGAAAUGAUGAUAUUGAUAACUUAAUUCAGAAAUGUCAGUUGGAAACACUCUUGUCAAGUAAAAUAAUUGAAUGGAUUCCAUAUAAUAAAUUACGAAAUAUUAAGUAUCUAACAAAAGGUGGUUUCUCCGAAAUUUAUACAGCAGAUUGGAUUGAUGGAAGAUAUGAAGAAUGGGAUUCUGAAAAACAACAAUUAAAAAGAAUGGGAGGUCAUGAAGUAGUACUCAAAAAAUUAGAAAAUGUUGAAAGUGCAAAUCAAAGUUGGUUUGAAGAGGCUAAAUCACAUUUAACCAUAGGUAAUAAAUGGGCAGAUAUUAUCCAAUGUUAUGGUUUAACACAAAACAUAUCAAAUGGAAAUUAUAUGCUUAUAAUGAUGAAUAUGGAUAUAAAUUUAAGAGAAUAUUUAUAUCAGAAUCAUAAUAGACUUACAUGGAAAGAAAAAAUUAAUAUUACUUUUGAAAUAAUUAGGGCACUUAAUUUGAUUCAUACUGAAAAUGCAAUUCAUAGAGAUUUACAUUCAGGAAAUAUAUUGUAUUCACAAUUAAAUGAUCGGUGGUUCAUUAGUGAUCUUGGAUUUUGUGGACCAGCUGACAAAUCAUCAAAAUGUAUAUAUGGGAAUCUUCCUUACGUAGCACCAGAAGUUAUUAAUGGAAAGGAAUAUACUUUUAAAUCUGAUAUUUAUAGUAUUGCAAUGCUUAUGUGGGAAAUUUCAUCUGAACAAUCACCAUUUAUUAAUCAUGAACAUGAUUAUGAUCUUGCAAUAAAUAUUAUUAAUGGUAUUCGACCAAGAAUAGUAUCAGGAACUCCUGUUGAAUAUAAAAAUUUAAUGGAAAAAUGUUGGGAUGCUGACCCAUCAAAAAGACCUGAUGUUGAUACACUUUUAAAUAAAAUAGCUAAAAUGAAUCAAAGUACGCCAGAUGAAUCAUUUCAAUCAGAAAUAUAUAGGAAUUUAGAACAAGAUAAAACAAAUAGUAGUACGAAUAGCAAAUUAUUUACAAGUAAAAUUCAUCAAUUUGAAAAUCUGCCUGAACCAAGAAACGCAACAGAAGAGGAAUUAGAAGCAUUUCAUAGUAAUAAAUCAUAUGACUUCAAUAUUCCAAAUAAUAUUGAUGAUUUUAAUAAAUCAAGCAAUCAGAAUAGUAAAGCAUCAAAAAUAAGUAGUAUUUUUAAAGCAAAUAGUAAAAAAUUAUCCAAAAUGUUUGAAAAGCUACAAAUAAAAAAUAAAACAACGCAACAAACAAAAGGAGCUACUAAUAUUGCUAAUUUUAAUGAUGAAGAUGAGACAUAUAAUAACCCAAAUUUUCAUUCCGAAGAACAAAAUGAAUUGGAAAUCCCUGAUGAUGUUUAAAAUAAAAUGAAUUUUAAUUUUUUUUUUAUAACCUUCAAUCUUUAUAUAACUAGCUUUUUAUAAAUUAUUAUAAAUAUUUUAUUCUUAUAUUCUAAAUUAUUUAAACACUAACAUUAGAGUAGUAAAGUUUCUUACAAAUUCUUAGUUUGUAAUUUAAAUAAUUCAAUUUAUAUAUAUACUAGGCGUAACCGUCACGUUGCGCCAGAAGAGAGUGAUAAUAACACACUUAUAUUUUAUUUGUAUGAAAUAUUAUUAAACACAAAUUUUAUUUAUCACAUGAAACAAAU